GCAGGACCUGUUGAAAGUGUUGCAAUGAAAGGCGGCUUUUGUUUUGUUACUUUUGAAGAUGAAGAAUCAGUUAUAUAUGCUUGUUCACUCUUUGAAGGUGUCACGCUUUUUGAUUACGAACUUAAUAUUAAGCCGCGUCAAGGUUCAAAGUACUCGAAUUCCAAAAUCGAGUCUAUCCCGCCUUACACCACUAACCUUCAACGACGCCCGAGCAAUUCGUCUCAUGCCGAUUCGUCUUUACGCGAUUCGUUUCAUGUUAAGUACUCAAAUAGAUAUUUACCUGUUCCGUAUUUGGUAUUUAUAAGAACACAAAUGGAGGGUGGCAUUGGGCGUGUUCGAGGUGUAUUCGUUGUUGUAUCAGGCAAAGGCGGUGUCGGCAAAUCCACACUGACUUGUCUGUUAGCUAUCGGACUUACGAAAAAGGGCUUCAAAGUUGGUGUAUUAGAUGUAGACCUCUGUGGUCCUUCCAUCCCAAGAAUUCUCGGUCUGGAAAGCGCAUGUGUACGUAUCCAGCAGUGUUCUGAUGGCUGGCUUCCUGUUGCGGCGGACACUGUCUCGCAGAACCUCCUGGUUAUGUCCAUUGGCUUCUUGCUACCUGAUAAGGAGUCUGCCGUGAUUUGGCGGGGUCCUCGAAAAACUUCCAUGAUUGACCAGUUUCUCUCUAAGGUUUGUUGGGGUGAAUUAGACGCAUUGAUAAUUGACACGCCGCCUGGAACAUCUGACGAACAUAUUUCAGUUAUCGAAAAAAUUCGGGAGUACGCCCUUGAUCGUUUUAGGGGUGCUAUUGUCGUAACUACGCCUCAGCGUGUCUCCAUCUGUGAUGUUCGAAGGCAGCUAACGUUUUGCGAGAAGCUUCAGUUACCGGUGUUGGGGAUCGUUGAAAAUAUGAGUGGUGUUCAGUGUCCCAAGUGCAUGGAGACGGUCAACCUCUUCUCGUCUGGUGGAGGGGAAGCACUAGCUCAAGAAAGAAUGGUCCAUUUUCUAGGUCGAAUGCCACUUGAUCCACGGUUGAUGAGUCUUGCUGACAGCGCGGCGCCGUUUUCGGAGAAAUCUCAGUUGGACUUACUCACAGAAUCAAAUGCCAUCACUCAUAUUUUGGAACGCUGCUUUGGAAUAAUAUAG